AUGGUCAUCUUAAAAAGCUAUGGGGAUCCUGACCUCUACAGGAAUUACUACAGGAACCAGGCUGGCUAUGCUCUUCCUGGUUACAAUGGUGCCCCAGUGAUGUAUGGGGCUGGGAGGGUUUAUAGAAGCUGGAAGCUGAAUUACAGCAAUGAUACUCUGAACACUCAGUUCUCUGCAGGCCUGUUUUACAAAUACACAGCUGCUCAACAUGAAUCAACUGCCCUGGAUGGAGACAACAAAGGGUUUGUUAAAAGAGCAGCUCUAGCGGCUGAAAGCAGAAAAAUAGAUUUGCUGGGUCAGCUUCACAGUGACCUGUUUUUCCAAGAAAAACUGCUCUUAAAUGGCAUGGAUGUCAAAAAUAAACUGACACGCAGUAAAGAUGCUUUUUGCCUCAUGGUGGAUGAUUUAAACAGGGGUUGCAAAUUAAACAUUUUGUCUGCUUCCCUUUUCGUCAAGAAACUCAGAGUAGCCCCAGGUGUCUGUUUAGGCCACGCAGAGGUGCUCUUCACAGCUAAUGCCAAAUAUCCUGUGGACCACGUGGGCAUCAAAGUGUUUAGAAUCCCUGCAGGAAGUUGUGUUAGCAACCAAGUGAAUUUGUUUUUGGGGCAAUUACCCAAGCUGCUAGUUAUUGAACUGGUGGAUAAGGAGUUCUUCAGCGGGGUCCAUAAUAAAAACCCAUUUAACUUUAGGCAUUAUGACAUCAAUUUCUUUGCUCUCUACUUGGAUGGAGAACAGGUACCCACAAAACCACUGCAGACGAACUUUGAAGGUGGAAACUGCGUGAGGGAAUACAUGCAGCUGGUUCAGGCCACUGGUAAACAUAUGAAAGACAGAUCUUUGUUAGUAAACCGCGAGGAGUUUGCACAGGGCUACACGCUAUUUGCAUUUGAUCUUUCCCCAGAUCAGGAAUGCGCAGACCACUAUUCCUUGAUUAAAACAGGGAAUCUGCAGGCUGAAGUAUGGUUAGCUAGAGCAUUGCCUCAUACUGUCAACGUGAUUGUCUAUGUGUUUUUGACAACGUUAUAG